AGUCAAAAAAGAAACGUAAAGUUAAACAUUCAUAUCAAAAUUAAAACAUACGAUGAUGGUUAAAAAUAUAUUCAGUGUAAAACCGCAAAAAUGAUAACACUCAAAAUGUUAGCCAACAAAACAUAUAAAAGUGAUAAAAUCGUAAACAAAUUAUAAUAUGGAUAAAAGCGAUUAUCAUUUCAUAAAUCAAAACACAUCUACAAAAAUUCUUAAAUUAUUUUCAUCAAAUUGUUAAAAUAAAAUGUCCAAUACAAAUAAAAAUCGUGGCAGAGGAAGGGGUGUCGAUAACAACUAUUUUCUACAAAGACGUCAUGGCAGAGGUCGAGGCAAUUGGAAUGCAAAUUCUGUAUCAAAUUCAAAAAUAUUAACUACAACUAGAGAACCAUUAGAAAAACCAAGUUGUAUGAAUAUUUUAGUUGAUUUAAAAUUAAAUGAGGAAAUUGAAAAUUGGUACAAAACGUUAGAAAAGACUUUAGCAUUAUGGAAACAACCUCAACAUAUUGAAAAAUUAUUAAAUGAUUAUUUAAUUAGUGUUCCAAAUUCAUAUUUAACUAUUUUAAAAAUUGUUAAUAAUUAUGCAGAGAGUAAAGGUUCAAAAACAAAGAAUUUACUUAAUACUAUAUUAGAAUUAUUUGAAAAAUGGUUAAAAACACAAACGAGCUCAAAACUUGCAGACUCACUGACACUAGAAAUAAAAUUUACUUGUUUCAAUAUUAUUUAUGCGAAUAAAAAUUUUGUAUUAAUUAAAUUAUUAGCUGGCAUUUAUCAGUUAGAAAGUAUCAAGAGUGAAUUAUUGGAUGCGAUUAAAUAUUUAAUAUCUAUAAAUAAUUUUAAAGAGGCUUGUCAAAUGGCCAUUGUUUUAAAAUUAAAUGACGAAUUUACUGUUGAAGAUUUUAUAAUACCAUUAAUAUUACAAGACAAAUUAGUAUUAGUAGAAGAAUAUAUGCAAAGUAAUAAGCGCUAUCAAAUUGAAACGGUACAAUAUUUGGAUAACACUCUAAAUCGAAAAUCAAGUGUUCAUAGUAUGUUGGAAUCAUUUAUUAGAUCUAGAAAUAUCACAGAUGUUAAAUAUGAAAAAUUGUAUCCAAAACCAAUGGGUAAAUUACUGUCAAGAUUAUUAAAAAUGUACAAAAUACCUGAUAAUAUGGCCCCAAAUAUGAAUCAAAAACGUGUUCAAGGAUUAAUUAACUUUUUAAUUCAUAAACGAUUCGUUGAUCAAUCUUUAGGUGAUGAAAGUUGGUCAGAAAUGGUUUGUGAAGCUGUCAAUGGAAAUCCAAAUUUACAAAAAGAAUUAGUUUAUGCUGUUAGUCUUCAUGAUAUUCAGGAUGCCUUACAUUGGGCAUUAUACUUUCAAGUAGAUCGACAAUUUUGGCCAUUUAAUCUUCGUGAAUAUGAGAAAAAUUCUGAAUCUAGCGGAUCAAGUAGAAGUAGAGCACAUGUAGAAGAUCACGUUGAUUUUAAUAAUAAACCGGAAAAUGAAAUUGAUGAAAGUUGGAAUUUAUCGCCAACAACAACACCAUUUCAUGGAUUCUCAUUACCUAAUUCGAAUAUUGUGUUGAUUAAUGAUGAAGUAUUAUUCCAAAAUUUUUUGGAUAAUGGAUUAAUGGGAAUAACCACCGUUGGAAUUGACUGUGAAUGGAAACCAAAUUUUGGUUUAACACAAACUGCCCUAUCAUUAGUACAAAUUGCUACAAAACAUUUAGUAUUUAUUUUGGAUGUAAUUAUAUUAGGAUCUCAAGUGCCUCAUUUAUGGAGACGUUUGGCAACGGAAUUAUUUAACAACGUGAAUAUUUUAAAAUUAGGUUUCGGCUUAACAGCUGAUAUUUGUAUGUUGCAGCAAAGCUUGCCAUAUUUAUCGAAUGUUUAUAUGCAAGGAGCUGGUUACAUCGAUUUAUUAAUUUUAUGGAAAGAAUUGAUUAAGACUAAAGUGUUUCAAUUUCCUUUUCCAAACAAUAAUACAUCUGGAGGAAGUAGUCUCAGUUGUAUGGUUGAAUUAUGUUUAGGUGGUAAAUUAGAUAAAUCGGAACAAUUUUCAAAUUGGGAAAAUCGACCGUUACGUACAACACAAUUAGUUUAUGCUUCUAUCGAUGCCUACUGUUUAAUAGAAAUAUACGACAUAUUGCAAGAACAAUGUCAUAAACAAAAUAUACCAUUCGAUGAUAUCUGUAAUAAAUUAAUGCACGAUAUCAAAAUUAAGAAAAAGACAAAAAAAAAUUCUGCUAUUAAAACGGUUGCAUCAAAAGUAGUGAAUCAACCAGUAAAUGAGGCAGACACAUCAAUGCCUUUACAUACAGUUAAAACAAUACGAUUUGUCUGUGAUACAAUGGUACAAGGUCUUGGGAAAUCAUUACGCCAAUGUGGCAUUGAUACGAUUAUUUUAAAUUCGUAUACACAUCACGAUGAGUGUGUGAAAAUCGCAAAUAAGGAAAAUCGUUACAUUCUAACACGAGGAACUGUUUAUCAUAAGUUACGACAAUAUGUACCAGAAGGACAUUGUUAUCAAAUUCAAUCGGAUAACAUAGAUGAACAGUUGAAGGAAGUUGUAAAUUUUUAUCGAAUUAAAGUUGAAAAAAAGGAUAUUUUCUCAAGAUGCCAAAUGUGCAACACUUCCGAUUUUCUGUUUAUUGAACAAAAAGAUUUAUUAGAAGAAUUAGAACAAGAAAAGAAUUAUUGUAAUUCACAAAAUCAACACUUAGCUCCAGAAGGAUACGACGAUGAUUCACAAUGGUUAGACGAAGCAACUGGUUUUUCUAGUGACGAAGACAGUUAUGCAUACGAUGAAGGCUGUAGACCCCCACUAAACUCAAAACAAUAUUCAUCAGUCCGUGACGAUAAACUUCUUUCCCAUUUGAAGCAAGUACCAGAAGAAAUUCUACAUCGAGUACCAUUAUUUUACGUCUGUAAAAGUUGUAAAAAAGUGUAUUGGGAUGGUAGUCAUCUAGAACGAGUACUUUCAGGAAAAUUACAAAAUAUAGUUAUUGAAAAUACCUAAAUUCACGUCUCGAAAAACUUCCAUAUUAUUAUUAAAUUACAACUU